AUGAAGAAAAUAAUAGCUUUAGCUCUUUUAUUAAGUAUAGUUAAUUGCAAAUUAAAUGGAGAAUUUUAAACCAUGAUGAAAAUUGAUUCAAUUGGAGAUGCACUAGUACAGUUUGAUUUAAAUACUUAAAUCACUUACUUUACUUCAAUCGAAUGUUAGGAUUGCCUUUAUUUUGGAGAUUAAAUAGCCACUAGAUUCACUUGCUUAAAAGAAUAAAGCUGUGUCUAAUCAGGUACAUUUUAGGAUGAGUAAAUCAGCUAUGAUUAUUUUGCUAGUGGGGAUAUAAUUGAUGUAAGGAUGGUCUUGGAAGGUGUACAUUUUUAUUUGCGUGGAGUAUAUUUAGUCAAAUCACUUUAUACUCUAAAUUAAAAUCCCUCAAAAUAUCCCUACCAGAGAAUUGGUUUACUUCUAGCUAGUUCAUUUGGUGAAAUAUAUGAGAGUUAAAUUUUUAUUUCUCUCUAUAGUUAAGGAAAAAUAAAUAAAAAAAGCUACUCGCUUUAUUAUGAUCAAACUAAUAACAAUUAUCACUUAACAAUCCCUGAUUAUGAUCCAAAACUUAUACCUUCAAGACAAUCUCUUUUUAAUUUAACUUAAGGUUGGAAUGGUGUUUUUAAAUAUGAGAAAAAAUAUAUCUUUAGUGGAAAAUUGGAUUUUUGUGAUGAACAAAUGCUUAAAUAAAUUAUUCUUAAUAUUUAUUUAAACCCUGCAGUGAACGAUUAAGUGUUUUAAAUAGAUGAAUCAUAUUUUUAAGAUUUCGAUAGAUUUUUGAUUGAAAAAAGAAUGGAACCUGAUUUAUCAUUAUUUACUAUUUAACAACCUGGUGAAUGGUCAUAAAAAAAUAAUUUUACUUUUGGAGUUUCGAUAAAUGUUGAUCAAAGCGGAAUACUUCCUAAGCCAUUAUAACUUGAUUUACAAUUUCCUUAAGACGAUGUAAUGAUAAAAAAAGAUGAUUACUAUACUCUUAAUAUAAAUUUCAUUAAAAAUUUGUAUUCUUUAACUUUAGGGAAAAGAAUAUUUAGCAGAUAUUUGUAUUACUUAUACUAAGAUGAACAUGGCUAAUAUAAAGUUGCUUUAGCUCCAUUAUUAUAAAAAUAAUCCUUAAGAAACUCUAAAUAAGAAUAUUGA